GUGUCACGUGACUUGGUUCUUCCUUUAAAGUCUGACACUUUUGUUUAGCGGCGUCUUUUGACACUUGCGAUUCGUGUUGGUCGAUCAGCUGCAAGUGAUCGAUGGAAAAUGGAUCAGAACUCUGAACCAGAACUGGUUCUGGUAUUCAGUGGGAAACGGAAGUCCGGAAAAGAUUAUGUGACGGACCUGAUACAGGAACGUUUAGGCGCUGACGUGUGUAGUGUUGUGCGUCUGUCCGGUCCACUCAAACAUCAGUAUGCUCAGGAACAUGGUCUGGACCUGGACCAGCUGCUCGGUCCUGGACCUUAUAAGGAGCGUUACCGUGCCGACAUGAUUCGCUGGGGAGAAACACGACGACAGCAGGAUCCGGGAUUCUUCUGUCGUUUAGCAACCAGAGGAGCACGGCAACCAGUCUGGGUGGUGAGUGACGCGCGGCGGCUGUCAGACCUUCACUGGUUUCGUUCACAGUUUCCUCGACAGACUCUUUGUGUCCGAGUUCAAAGUUCAGAGGAGACGAGGACGCAGAGGGGGUGGAGCUUCACUGCUGGUGUUGAUGAUGCAGAGUCAGAGUGUGGGCUGGACAGUGGUGUUAAAUUUGAUUGGAUAAUCUCUAAUGAGGCCGACGCCCCCUCAUUAGAUAAGCAGCUGCAGCCAAUCCUGAAUCUGGUCAACAGCGCAAGAGUCACAUCUGAUCAAUGAUCACUAACAUUAAUAAUGAUUUCAUGGCAUGACAGACGGAGCAGGAAUCAAACCAUCAACCAUCUGACACACUGUUGUAACCUGUGUGUGUGUGUAUGUGUACAGGACUGUCGCCCUCGUCUCACAUUUAUGACAGAACUUUUGACAUACAGACGAUUGUUUAUUUCAAUUUAUUGUCGCCACCUGGUGGACUGUAGUGGAACAUGUCAUCAUGCUAAUUUGCAUAAUCAUAGCUGGUAACAGAACUUUACAAAAAACAAAGAAAUAAACAAUGUCUUGGCA